AUGCCUCUGUCUUCUGCCUCACAGCGAGUGGUGCUUCAGUCUGUGCUCUGUUUUCUGCCUCACAGCGAGUGGUGCUUCAGUCUGUGCCUCUGUCUUCUGCCUCACAGCGAGUGGUGCUUCAGUCUCUGCUCUGUCUUCUGCCUCACAGCGAGUGGUGCGUCAGUCUGUGCCUCUGUCUUCUGCUCACAGCUAGUGGUAGUGGUGCUUCAGUCUGUGCCUCUGUCUUCUGCCUCACAACGAGUGGUGCUUCAGUCUGUGCUCUGUCUUCUGCCUCACAGCGAGUGGUGCUUCAGUCUGUGCUUCUGUCUUCUACCUCACAGCGAGUGGUGCUUCAGUCUGUGCCUCUGUCUUCUGCCUCACAGCGAGUGGUGCUUCAGUCUGUGCUUCUGUCUUCUGCCUCACAGCGAGUGGUGCUUCAGUCUGUGCCACUCUUUGAAUCACCCUUUGACUCACCCUUUGACCCCCCUCCUCCCCCAUCCUCCCCCUCCUCUCCCCUCCUCUCCCCUCCUCCAGCCUUCUCUCCCCUCCUCUCCUCCUCUCCCCUCCUCCCCCUCCUCUCCCCUCUCCACCAGCGUCCUCCCCCCUCCUCCAGCCUCCUCUCCCCUCCUCCCCCUCCUCCAGCCUCCCCCUUCCUCCAGGCUCCACUGCAGCCUGUCUUGGUGA